AUGUCUGUUAUAAUGGAAGAGAGUAAUGACAGUGUUAUGCAAGAUUAUGAUGACUAUGAACCGUGUGUUUGUAUUGUGUGCUUCCAAGAAUUUGAGCAUUAUGAUGAAUUGGAAGAACAUUGCCAAAUUCAUAAUGGAGGGAAACCUCCUUGUUGUGAAAUUUGCAAUCAAAGUUUUUUGAAUGAAUCUGAUUUGAGUGAACAUCAAGUCGUCCAUUUUCCUGACAAGCCCAUCGUUUGCGAUAUUUGUGGGAAAGGAUUCAAGACCCGCGGUAGUUUCAGGGAACAUUACUCGAAUCAUACAGGAGAUAGGCGUCAUGUUUGUGAUGUCUGCAACAAGAGUUUCUCGCAUCUGAAGACCUUAAAAAACCACUAUAUCACUCACACGGGUGAAAAGCCUUAUGUUUGUAAUAUAUGUAAUCGCAGCUUUACCCAGAGAACUAACCUCAAACGUCACUACCUCAUCCAUGCUGGUGAGCAUCCCCACAAGUGCAAUAUUUGCAACGAACUGUUUCCUGACCCUGACGCCCUGAAGGAACAUUACCUGUCCCAUACUGGAGAUAAGCCUAUCUGUGAUGUCUGCAAUAAACAGUUUGCGGAUGUGAGCUGCCUCAACAAGCACUAUCGAGUUCAUUCAAGUGAGAAGCCCCACACCUGCAAUAUUUGUAACAAAGGUUUUGUUUUAAAACAACAUUUGAGAUUGCAUUAUCUCUCCCAUACUGGUGAAAAACCAUUCAUGUGUAACAUUUGCUAUAAAGGAUUCUCUAGUAAUAAUGGAUUAAAGUCCCACCGUCAAAGCCACAUGGACGAAAAGCCUUAUGAAUGCGAUAUUUGUCAUAAAAAAUUUAGGGACAAGAAAUAUUUUCGAAAGCAUUAUCGAAUGCAUGGUAUGGGAAAUGCUUCUUGUUGA